CCUAGGGUACCAGGGCAACCAUAUAAAUACCCCGGUAACUUUGCGGAGGGCGGUCAGUCUAGCAUUGUGUCGAGGAGAGGCAGGUGAUUGUGCCCUCUGAACAAACCUUGUGUAACACCUUCCCUUCUUCGUCUUCUAUACUACCAGCGAAGACCAGCCAAAAUGAACCGAGAUCGAAAUGGAACCGGUUACAACAAUUGGAUCAGCAGCUUGAGAUCGGACUACGCCCGUAGUCUCGAUCGGCGUAUUCGCGAUGAAGAGGAGGCCGAAAAACCCCCUUCGGACGCCCUGAGAGUGGAGCGCAUCCACUGGUACAUCAAGGACAACGCCCGCACCCACAACACCAUCAAGUUCGACUUCAUCCACGACAAGAAGGACCCCAAACCCGUCCUCCGACGAGGGCAGACCUUCUACCUGGCCAUCAGGUUCCUGAACGACUUCGAUGUCGCCAAGCAUCGCGUCGUCCUCAACUUUAAGUUCGGUCCUAAAGCAGCCGUUCAGAAGGGAACUUUAGCUGUGGUACCUAUUCAGAAUGAGAAGUUCACCAGAACCAAGGAUGACUGGGACUGCCGUAUUGAUCCAGGUACCCGUGGCAAGGAUCUCGUGGUCCAGGUCUACAUCCCUGCCAGUACGAUGGUCGGCAUCUGGCGGCUGGAUGUUCGCUCUGGACUCCAUGACACUACCCAAUCCGCGGCCAUGAAUGUAUUCCACGACGAAACAGACUGCUACGUCUUGUUCAACCCCUGGUGCAAAGAUGAUGCAGUGUACAUGGAAGACGAGAAGAAGCGAGAGGAGUACAUCAACAAUGACAAGGGCAAAGUCUACGUCGGAGCGUACAAAAGAUCUCGAGGUCGUCCUUGGGCCUACGGCCAGUUCGACGACGUCGUACUUCCAGUGUCGGUGUACAUCCUCGAACUGAGUCGAAUUGUCGACAGUGAAAGAGGAAAUCCAGUCAAAGUCGUUCGUGGCAUCUCAGCCGGGGUGAAUGACACUGACGAAGGUGGCAUCCUCGAGGGCCGCUGGGACGGAGAGUACAGUGACGGCGUGGCACCCUUCAAAUGGACAGGUUCCGUCAGGAUCCUGGAGGAGUAUGUCAAGAACGGCUACAAACCUGUCAAGUAUGGACAGUGCUGGGUGUUCUCCGCCGUCACAACGACAAUCUGUCGUGCCCUGGGCAUCCCCUGCCGCUCCGUCACCAACUUCGUCUCGGCUCACGACACCAACUCCUCCCUCACAAUCGACAAGUUCUUCGACAAAACUGGCAACGAACUGGCAGGAGGCCCAGACGGUGAAAACUGGGACUCCAUCUGGAACUUCCACGUGUGGAAUGACGUGUGGAUGGCCCGUCCUGAUCUCCCACCAGGUUACGGAGGCUGGCAAGCUAUCGAUGCUACACCACAGGAGGAGAGCGAACAUAAGAUGCAGUGUGGACCAGUAUCACUGGUGGCAGUGAGACGAGGAGACAUCGGCUUGAACUACGACACAGGAUUCGUAUUCUCUGAGGUCAACGCUGACGUCAUGCACUGGGGAGAAGACGCUGCAAGUGACUGGGGAUGGAGCCGCAUGAAGAUGAACCAAUUCCACAUUGGGCGUCAGAUUCUGACCAAGAAGCCCAACGAGGAUGACGACACCGGCGACGCUGACCAAGAAGACGUGAUCGAGGACUACAAGAACAACGAGGGUUCUGCUGCCGAGCGUUUGGCCGUCCACAACGCCAUCAGAGGAUCCCGACGCGCCCAGCAGUAUUACGAGUACAGGCAAGACAUCAAGGAAGACUGCGUCUUCGACAUCAUCGAAAUUGACAAGAUUACCAUCGGCCAACCCUUCCAGGUCAAGGUUGUUGUCCGUAACGAAUCAGACGAACCAAGGAACAUCUCUGCUUACCUGAGCGCUCACUCCAUCUACUACACAGGUGUGAACGCUUCUCUCGUCAAGAAGGCCGAAGGAAACUUUGCUCUUGGACCCAAGCAAUCCCAGGACAUUGCCAUGACUGUGCAGUACAAUGAAUACUGGAAGAAGUUGGUGGAACAGUGCAUGCUCAAAAUCUAUGCCAUCUGUCGUGUGCAGCAGACUGGACAAACUUGGACCGAUGAGGAUGACUUCCAGGUGGAAAAGCCCAGGUUAACGAUCCAGGGUCCCAAUGAGGGCGUGGUCAAGAAGCUGUGCGAGGUGUCCUUCACCUUCACCAACCCACUCGACAUGCCCCUGACAGAGUGCCAUCUCAGCGUCGACGGUCCUGGUCUCAUGAGGCCCAGAGCUGUCAACAUAGAGAAGGCCGUUCCACCAAAAGGAAAAUUCAACCACUCCAUCAAAUUCCUUCCGCGUAUUCACGGAGAGCGUAAGAUCAUCGCCUCUUUCAACUCCAAGGAGCUCUUCGACAUUUCAGGAAACAAGACCAUGCAGAUCAAGAAAGAAGAAUAAAUGAGAAAAGAGAGAGAACCGAGAUGAGGAGUUUUUUUUUUUUUUUUUUUUUUUUUUAAUGUCAAAAAGGCAGCUGCAACCAACCUUCUCUUAUCGUGUUUGUUCAUGAUUUGUUAAUGUGCCAUGUGGUAAUGAAUUUGGUUAGCUAAUCUCUCUCUCUCUCUCUUUCUCUAUCUCUCUCUCUCUCUGUCUUCAUCUACUAUAAAUCCCUGCCAAAGUAUAUGUUUUAUCUAAAUACUGUACCAAAGUUUUGGUAAAAUUUAGUCAGAAAUAUGUUAUACUCUUUUCUAGAAAUAUUUUUUUCCUUUUAUUUUAUCUCCGAUGUUAUUGUGUUUUUAUUAGUUUAUCAGAAAUUAUACGUUUUUUGUAAUCUUUCAGUUUCUCCAGGCAAAUUCAAAUUCAGGCAAGCAUAAAAAAGUCCCUUUUCUGUCAGAGCAGAUGCAAGUCAUAUGUAUGCAUUCAUACAGAUACGUAUCGUAUUUGCAAAUAAAAAUAGUAUUAGUCUGCAACAAAAUACGAUUUCAGACAUAUCCCACAACUAACUAAAAAUGUGUGAAACAAUUUCCCAUCUAUUAUAUUUGUAUCUUGAAUCCUUGCUUUGGGAACUGUGAUGUUGCCAUAUGUAAGUGAAAUCGUUUUUCACAAUGAAUUGUACAAAAUACAAAGUAUUCUUUUAUGUGAAUGAGGAGGUUGAAUAACCCGUUUUCUUUUAUUUGUUUUUCUCAUACGGGAGAUCUUAGUGUUAAACAGCAAAUGCCAAGUGUUUGGUCGUGUUUUCACGGAUUUAAUCGUGGGUGAACAAUCUUGGAAAGAUGGAAGCCUUUGUUCCUUUAAUUAAGCUUUGUUGUGCUCCUAAGAGACUGUGUGAAUUCAGUUAGUCGUAAAGUGAGAAUAAUAUGCUUAUCUUUAUUCCUGUCAGAAUUUGAUUUUUGUUAUAAUUAGUUUAACAGUAACAAAACCUAUUUUCCCAGAUGACGAGUGCAAUAGGAGAUUUUGAGAGGAACUUUGUAGGUCUAUAUUUGAUUGCCAAAUUUCUCGUUGGUUUGACGCGUAGAGAUUUUAGGAUUAAAAUAAAACUUAAAAAGCAAACAAACCUCUCAGAAUGUUUGCCAGAUUUUAUGCACUAGGUGUGUAAGUGAGCAAUAAAUCUAACAUAACUUUGCUAUUUUUAUAUGGCCAUUUUGACCAAGGUUUUGUAUCUCUUUGUAACAAGAAGCUGCUACGCUUAAACUUAAGUACGGACAAACCUGAUAGAGGUCUAUUCAGAACUCUAGAGUAAGACUGAUCAUAUCAGUUCACAUAUAGUACUAUUACUGUAUAACUCGAAGUAUUUGACAAAUUUUAUACUACAAAAUUUUCAUGAUGUUUACUACUCUUAGAAGCUUUGUAGGAAUAAAAUGGAAAUGUC